GGUUAUGGGUUGGAGAGGGUUACUGGGUUUUGAAUAUGGCAUAGUUCAGGCGCCAUUAGGCCCUGAUAUCUCUGGCCCCGAGCUUGUUGCUGCUGUUGCCAAUGCCGGCGGUCUUGGUCUUCUCCGGGCCCCCGAUUGGGAAUCCCCGGAUUAUGUGAGGGGCCUCAUAAACAAGACCAGGUCCUUAACCGAUAAACCCUUUGGGAUCGGUGUAGUCCUUGCUUUUCCUCAUGAACAGAAUCUCAAGGCCAUUUUGGACGAGAAAGUUGCAAUCUUGCAGGUAUACUGGGGAGAUUGUACCCCUGAUUUAGUUGCCAUGGCUCAUUCAGCUGGUGUCAAGAUUGUUCCACAAGUUGGGGAUUUGAGAGGUGCCAAACAGGCAAUCAAUGCUGGUGUUGAUGGAAUCAUUGUUCAAGGACGCGAAGCCGGUGGUCAUGUCAUUGGUCAGGAUGGUUUGAUAUCGUUAGUGCCAACGGUGGUUGAUCUCGUUGGUAAUCGGAACAUUCCGGUUAUUGCAGCCGGUGGAAUCGUUGAUGCUCGAGGUUAUGUUGCUGCUCUGGCUCUUGGUGCUCAGGGUGUAUGUCUAGGGACAAGGUUUGUGGCAACUGAGGAAAGCUAUGCUCAUCCAACAUACAAGAGGAAGUUGAUUGAAAUGGAUGAAACCGAGUAUACAGAUGUAUUUGGGAGGGCAAGAUGGCCUGGCGCGCCGCAGCGUGUUCUCAAGACACCCUUCUACAAGGAUUGGAGAUCACUUCCAUCCCAUGAGAAUGAAACCAACCAGCCACUCAUUGGCCAUUCAACAAUCCAUGGCAUGGAUAGAGAGAUUCGCCGUUUCGCAGGUACUGUCCCAAACAUGACAACCACGGGAGAUAUUGAGAGCAUGGCUAUGUAUGCCGGCCAAGGCGUCGGUCUCAUCAAGGAAAUUCUGCCUGCUGGUGAAGUUGUGAAGAGGCUAGUUGAAGGUGCUCAGAUUCUGAUUAAGCAGCACUUCAAUUAGCUUGCUCAGUUAAGUGUUGGCUUAAACAUUUGGUACCCUACCAUAAUACCUUGUUACCUCUAUUAAAUUUGUUCUCAAUUUAGCCAAUCUUGCAAACAAAGAAUGAGAUUUGUAUAUAUACAAAUAAGUACAGUGUGGAGAUAUCAAUGGAGAGAAAGGUUCAGGGGUAUUACUUUCUGUUUCAUCAUAUGGUCAUGUAUUUUAAAGGGUUUAAAUUUGGUUUUCAUUAUGCUUCA